AUGGCUACUCCAACUGUGAUGGUUUUUCCACCAGGCUCUAAUGGCCCGACCAGGCGAACGCUCAUCAUCCGCAACCCCACCAACAAAGAUUUCGUCGUCAAGUUGGUGCCCUCGUGCGAGAAGAUGCUCAAGUUGGAAGGUGAAGUGCUUCUGCUUCAGGAUCAUAAAUACGCGCCCGUUCAUAUUGAUUUGGACCAGAAAGUUGGCAAAAAAGCCGAGCUCUCGAUCUACGCUCGUCCCGUCGAACGCCACAAUCACGCUUCAAUCCUCGAAUUCUGCAAGGGUUCCACCCAGACUCCCCAUCAGUUGGUGACCAAGCUUUCGAUCAAAGUUGAGAAUGGAUUUGCCGCCAAUGAUACGAUCCUCGACGUUCCCGGAAGUGCCACUAUGUUCGAGGCAGUCACCUUGGCCACAGCUGGUAUCAAUGUGAGCGACACGUUGACUUGCCAACCGAUUGAUGGGGAUUGUGCCACCGCUCCCAACAUGGCCGCAGAUGACUUCGCCAAAUAUUCCAACCAGAAGCUUGGCGAGGAGAAGUGCUGGUUGUUCGGGCCGCUCAUCGAUGCCCUUUUCCCAUCAGCCACCGCCGAGUCGAAAAAGAAGUCUUCGGGGAAGGGCGAGGAGCAGAGCUGCAACCUGUGUGCUGCUGGA